AUGUCUUCUCAGUUCGCCGCCUGCAAAGCCCUCAAGGAGCUGCAGCAGCAAAAAGAAAGAAAUUGUAAUUUGCGAGAAUUAAUCAAAGACGAUGAGCGCAACCAGCGCAUGUAUAGAGAGUUCGGAGGCGUCUGCAUGGACUUCAGCCGCCAGCUGCUAGACAAGAAUGGCCUCGAUGCCCUAAUGAAGCUGGCGGAGGAGCGGCAGGUGGAGGCGAAGGUGAAGGCGAUGUUUCAGGGGGAAAAAAUAAACUCCACAGAACAUCGCAGAGUUCUUCAUGUGGCUUUGAGAACUCCGAAAGAAAAUAAACUUCUUCUUGAAGGAAAUAAUAUAAUUGAAGAAGUCCACAGUGUCCUCCAAAGAAUCAAGGACUUCUCCAACAAAAUCCGCUCCGGGGAGCUGCGGGGUGCCACUGGGGCGGUUUUGAAGAACCUGAUUUGCGUGGGGAUUGGGGGAAGUUAUUUGGGGACAGAAUUUGUGGUGGAAAGUUUGAGGGUUUUGAAAAAAGAAGAAUCAAAAGGAAGACAAAUAAGGUUUUUGGCAAACGUGGACCCCACAGACGUGGCCCGCAGCGUCGAGGGACUGUCUCCAGAGGAGACUCUGGUUUUGGUGAUCAGCAAAACUUUCACAACUGCGGAGACAAUUUUGAAUGCUCGGUCUCUGCGGCAGUGGCUGCUGCAGGGCAUAGGCCGCGAGGACCAAAUUGGUGAGCUGCAGCAGCAGCAGCAGCAGCAGCAGCAGCAGCAGCAGCAGCAGCAGCAGCAGCGGCAGCGGCAGAGGCAGAGGCGGGGGCAGCGGGAAGGCGGGGCCGACGGCGGCAGCGGCAGCGCAGACGCAGGCUGCAGCAGCAGCAGCAACAGCAGCAGCAGUAGCAGCAGCAGCAGCAGUAGCAGCAGCAGCAGCCUGCAUCUUUGCGCCGUCAGCACCAACCUGGAGCUCACUGCCAAGUUUGGCAUUCAAGACGACAGAGUCUUCGGCUUCUGGGACUGGGUUGGUGGGCGUUUCUCGGUGACUUCGGCUGUGGGGGUUUUGCCUCUGGCCAUUCAUUAUGGCUAUGACGUUGUUGAGGAGUUCCUGAAGGGCUGCCACGCAAUGGACCAGCACUUCUUGACGGCCCCAGUUUCCGAAAACCUCCCAAUGCUGAUGGGCCUUUGCUCAGUCUUCAACUCUUCAGUUUUGGGACUCAACUGCGUCGCAGUGCUGCCUUACUCCCAGGCAAUGCACAGAUUUGCUGCCCACAUUCAGCAGCUCACAAUGGAGAGCAACGGCAAAGGCGUGGACCUUGAGGGCAACAAAUUGGAAUGCGAGGCGGGAGAGAUUUACUUCGGAGAACCAGGGACCAAUGGUCAACACAGCUUUUACCAGUUGCUGCACCAGGGCCGUGUGGUGCCUGCGGAGUUCAUCGGCUUCCAGAAGAACCAAAACCCCAUCAAGUUGGAGGGCGAGGAGGUUUCCAACCAAGAUGAGCUGAUGUCGAAUUUCUUUGCCCAGCCAGAUGCCUUGGCUUUUGGAAAGACAAAAGAAGAGUUAAAAAAAGAAGGGGUUUCGGAAACCCUAAUUCCGCACAAGACUUUCCAGGGGAACAGGCCCUCCACCAUGCUGCUGCUGCCGGAGUGCAACCCCUAUUAUCUGGGAAUGCUUUUGUCUCUUUAUGAAAACCGAGUUGCCACUGAGGGUUUCAUUUGGGGCAUUAACUCCUUUGACCAGUGGGGAGUCGAACUGGGGAAGGUGUUGGCGAAGGACAUCCGCCGCGUUUUGAGUUUAUCUCGUCAAGGCAAAAAGUCAGAAUCCAAACUUUAA